AUGGCUUCCACGGGCAUUUUGCCACCUCCUCCUUUUCUGGCCACCCCCUGCACGCCCGAUGUGCCAUGGGCCCGAUGGUUACGGCUGUUUGAAAGGUUUCUGCUGGCGUCCGGAGCGAACGAGCUACCCGCACCCCGUCGCCGAGCCCUCCUGCUGCACUGUCUUGGGACGGAAGGACAGCGCAUUUUCGACGCGCUUCCACCUAGUACGACGCAAACCAAGGCAGAGACAACGAGUGCUGCACCCAGUGUCACGGCCACGCCAGAUGCCGCCGCUGGAAUCAUCAGAACCACUGCACCUACUGGUACGCAAGACAUGACCACGGAAGCCCUACGCCCACCUGACGAGUAUGACGUAGCCGUUGAGAUGCUUUCGAAGCAUUUCGCCGCCCCUUGCAACGUCCGCCUUCAACGCCAUCGAUUCCGGGAGCGUCGUCAACUGCAGGGUGAGCCCAUCACUGAUUUCGCCGUAGCACUUCGGGAGUUAGCAGCUCUUUGCAAUUUCGCCACUCAAGCGGACGAAAACCUGUGUGAACAGUUCGUAGCAGGCGUCACGAGCCCGCGGCUACAAGAGCGAUUGCUGCUGGAGGGCGAUAACCUUACGUUCGAUCAUGCUGUCGAGGUAGCACGGCUUCAUGAGCAAACCCAGCGUGAAUCCGAAGCCUUCGCCAAUCCUGUGCAGCGCAUUCAGCAGCAGUUGCGAGACAGCUCAGCCAGGCACGAUCGACGAGAUAACGGCCAUAAUGGCACACGCCUCCCGGGCCGUCGCCACUUCAGCUGCUCACGCGUGUACAGCGCACCUUCACCUGAUAUGAAUGCCGCCGCCGCUGCUGUCCCCGGGCCUAGAAAUGUAAAUGCCUGCGGAAACUGCGGCGCAGCACGGUGUUCGCCUACGGAAUGUCCCGCGCGCGGUCGCACAUGUUUUGCCUGCGGACGCCGCGGCCAUUUUAAGAGAGCAUGUCACAGCUACCAUCGCGGCCGAGAAGGGUAUUCUGCAGAGGUCCAGGAAAUCGUUCCGGAAGAGGAUACUACCAGUGUCACUAGCAUCUUGGCGGUCCGUACUCAUAAGAACACAGGCGUCUACGUGGAUGUCAAUGUCGCGUCAGUUACCGCGACGACACGGGUGCAUACCAUGAACUUUUUGGUGGACACAGGCUCGGCCGUGUCUAUUAUGGGUGAGCACCAAUUCCAAGGUUUGUUCGCAAAAGCAGCACAACUGACAAGUUCCCAUCUUACAUUGCUGGAUUUUUCGCGCAGGAAGAUUCCCGUUCUCGGGUCAUUUCACGCCAUAGUCACUUACAAGGGGAAACAACCCAUUGUAACUUUUCAUGUUACGCCAUGUGGUACAUCUCUCCUUGGCCUGGAUGCUGUUCAAGCCCUUGGCCUUCGCAUCAUGGGAGAGGAAUUGCACUGCCUGCAAAUGUCCAUGCAGGAAUGCCGAAAGCUUCCAGCAAUGAGUUCAGGCCUUCUCCAAAGCCCCAGGCAUGAAAAACCCCUUGGCCUUCCCAAGUUUGGAAUGCCGCCAACACUGUGGACCAAGUUUGGCCACUUGUUUUUGCCUGGCCUGGGACUUGUAAGAGGUGUGCAACACAAAGUUAAGAUGAUAACUUCCAUCGCGCCAGUCGCACAGAAGCUGAGACCCUUACCAUUUUCAGUCCGCCAGCCGGUCUUUGACGAGAUUGAGAAGCUACCUGCUGCUGAUGUCAUUGAGAGAGUCAAUGCUUCCGAGUGGGUAUCUCCAAUUGUAGCAGCCCGCAAAGCAGAUGGUAGCAUUCGACUGUGUGUCGAUAUCCGGGAACCCAACAAAGCUAUAGUAGCAGACAACUUCCCUUUGCCUCAUAUGGAGGAGCUGCUUCAUGCCCUCAAUGGAGCCCGCUGCUUUUCCAAGGUGGACCUGGCAUCAGCCUACUACCAGGUUGUGCUGCACCCAGACAGCAGGGACCUAACUUCAUUUAUAACUCAUGAUGGCCUCUUUAGAUUCAAGAGGGUCUGCUUCGGGUUGGCAUUGGCACCAGCUGCGUUUCAGCAGAUCAUGACGAAAAUUCUUGGAGGUUGCAAAGGGGUCUUAUGCUACUUGGAUGACAUAAUCAUUUUUGGCAAGACGGAGAGUGAACACAGGCAAAACCUGGAGCAAGUGCUGGAACGAAUAGCAGAAGUUGGGCUCAAGCUCAACGAAAAAUGCGUCUUCAACACGUCGGAGCUGUCGUUCUUAGGACAUCGCGUCAGCGCAGAGGGUAUAGCAUCGCUCCAGACCAAGAUUGAUGCAAUCAUCAAUGCUCCUGCGCCUAGAGAUGCAGCCACGCUACGCUCCUUUUUGGGGCUAGUUGAAUACUAUUCCAAAUUCGUGCCGCGACUGGCAGAGCAAGUAGAGCCAAUGCGUCGUCUACUUGGCAAAGACGUGCACUUUUACUGGGAUUACGCUGCGAAAGAGAGCUUCGCGGGAGUAAAAAGACUUCUAGCAUCCCAAAAGGUCCUCCGAAUGUUUGACCCGACGCUACCUGUCAUUGUCGCAACAGAUGCCUCUGCGUACGGUCUCGGUGCCGUACUGCAGCAAGUGGAGGGGUCCCAUGUGCGUACUGUGGCAUUUGUAUCGCGGACAUUUACAGAGACAGAACGAAAAUACUCGGCCGGAGAACGCGAGACCCUUGCCUGUCUGUGGGCCUGCGAGAAGUGGCACGUUUACCUCUGGGGCAGAUCAUUUACUCUACUGACGGAUCACCAGGCUUUGGUGGCACUGCUCUCAUCCCGUAGCACAGGACAGCGGCCACUUCGUAUUGCAAGGUGGACCGCACGACUGCUGCGCUACAACUUCAAAAUACAGUACCGCAGCGGAGCCCACAACCAGGUAGCAGAUGCCUUGUCCAGACUGCCCGUGCCAGACACAGAAGGGGGCUUCCAUGUUGAUGAAGAGGUUGUGUCCUUGGUUACAUCAUCGUCUGUACAUUGGGAGAAUCUUCAGGUUGCUACCGCGGAGGAUGACAUACUACGGCAGGUAAUGCAAUUUAUCCAGUCAUCAUGGCCAACAAGGAAAACACUUGCCGCAGAACUGACUCCGUACUACGAAAUACGAGACGAGCUCUCGGUAGUAGAUGGGUUGCUUCUGCGCACAGAAUGCGUUGUACUACCUGCCAAGCUAAGGGAUACAUUCAUCCAGUUAGCUCAUGAGUCACACCCGGGAAUCGUGAAGACUAAGUAG